CCGUUUCAGUUAUUAUACCUCUCUCUCUCUCUCUCUCUCUCUCUCUCUCUCUCUCUCUCUCUCUCUCUCUCUCUCAAAAAAGAAGCUCCAAGAACUUCAACAUUCUAACUUGUAACCGUUUCUUCUUCAGUUCCUCAACUACUUAGGAACUGCGAUCGAAUUGUCAACUUCAUUGACUGUUGAAGAUCGAAUUCGAGUUUGGAGUUUGAAGUUGAGAUGGCGAGUCGGUUAAGGGAAGAUGAGAAACACGAGCGCGCCAUUCGAGCUCUUCUUAGGCUCGAACCGAAUCGGAGAUGCAUUAACUGCAACAGUUUGGGACCACAAUAUGUGUGCACAGAUUUCUGGACGUUUAUUUGCACUAAUUGUAGUGGAAUACACCGUGAAUUUACACAUCGUGUGAAGUCAGUUUCAAUGGCUAAAUUUACUUUGCAAGAAGUUACCGCACUUCAAGAAGGAGGAAAUCAGCGUGCAAGAAAUGUUUAUUUUAAAGAAUGGGAUGCACAACAUCAUUCUUUCCCUGACAGUGAGCUCCGAGAGUUUAUUAAGCAUGUUUAUGUGGAUGGGAUAUUCACUGGAGAUAGUACCUCUGACAAACUACCAAGAGUGAAAAACGGUGGUGACAAAGAUGGAUCAUAUGAAAACAGGAGAGUUGAGGCAUAUCAGGGAGGAUCUAAAAGCCCUCCAUAUAAAGACUCACAUGAACAUCGUUAUAGUGACAGGUCUAGUCCAGGUGGAAGAAGUCCUGGAUAUGAUCAAGAAAGUAGGCAAGUUGGUGAUUAUAAGAGAAGUCCUGGUCGUCCUCCAAUUAUCAAUGAUCGGCGUCGUGAAGAUCGUAGAACAUCCGAUGGAGAUUAUAAGACGGAAAGUCAAUCCCCUGUGCAAGCCAGAAAUCCGGGCUCUUCUAGCCCACCCGUGGGCAAACCCGUUCAAGAAAUUUUGGGAGAAAAUGUAGUACCUCUUAGGAUAAGUGGACCCCCCAAACCAAACAAUGGAAAAGCUGCCGAUGCCUCAGCACUGACACAGAGAACUGCAUCCUCUGGUAGCUUGGUAUCCAGUAAUGAAAGCCAAGUAAAUAUUAAGCUUGAGACUACUAAGAGCCUUAUUGAUUUUGAUGCUGAUCCCGAACCUAUUGCUCCCACAAUUCGUCAAGCCCAACAAACCAGUGCGCCUCAACCUGUUUUGCAGCCAGGAAAUUCCAGUGAUGACAAUUGGGCCUCUUUUGAUAUUGCUUCUGAGGCGAAAGCAAAUCAAAGCACCUCAAAUUUAAAUCCACUUGAAUCCGUACUGUCCCAAUUGUCUUAUUCGGCAUCUAUAUCUUCUAAUGCUCCGGGAGUCCAAGGACCAAUUCCAGCAGGGGCUCUUAGUUUUGGCAGUUUAUCAUCUUUCCCAUCCAAUGGUGCUUCAAUGCCAUCUUCCAGACUGGCAGGUGUAUUACCUCAUAAUAAUGUAGGACAGUGGGCUAGUUCGCAGCAUCAGCAACCAAUGUUCUCUGCUGUAAGUAGUCAGCCAUCGCAUGUACCUUCUGUACCCACAGGGCAGAGGUAUCCAAAUACACCAAUUCCACAUGCAUACCAUCAUGCUUCGGAGCUGGCCAAUGAGGCUUUCAAUAGUAUUCUUUCUCAACCUUCUGCUGUAGAAGUAAAACCAAGUGGAAGAACUGAACUUUCUGAAGAUCUGUUCACUACAAAACACUCUUCCUUCUCUGCACCAGUUCAAGGUUGGCAGGCGGGUCUUCCCCAGGGCGCGGGCAGCUCAGUGCAAUAUAAUAGCAAUGUGGCGCCAAUACCAAGUUUUUCGGAGCCAUCAAGGUCAACAAACCCAUUUGAUGUCAGCAGCAAACAGUACCCAGAUCAAGAUCCAAGUUUUCUUUCCAUUUCAUCCUUGCAUAGUGCGAUGCCUAGUGUGUCGCCAUCACUCCCGAUGCACCCUCCAUGCCAGAGCAAUCCAUUGCUUGCAUGGAGUCCACCUCUUCCUGAUGCAGCAGGCACUAUGCACUCUUCAAGCCGAGGUCUUCAACCAGAUGCAUGGAAUCCACCCCUGCCAUCCUUUCAAGCUGCCCCGCCUAAUGUACCAUCUUCAGGCACUUUGCCCCCUUCAAGCCUGGGCAAUCCAUCCCAUGCCUGGAAUCCAACCCUAUCGUCACCAUAUGCAUCAUUCCUACCUCCACAAGCACCAAUUCAUGCAUCAGCAUUGGGACCAGGGUCUAACAAUGGGCAGCAAAUGCCAACUAACACACCAAUGCCAAGGCAAGAAGCUGGGAAUUUUGGAGCUGAGCGAGACAUUUUCGCCUUGUCAAAUCCAGAUCAGCAGCCGACUGAUAAGCCGUCAACCACUCCCACCUCUAACCCCUUCCCUAAAGGAGGCAACCCAUUCGCAUAAUGUAAAGAUUUGUACAUGGACCUGUAAAUUCAAACAUCAACUCGACCAUCUUGUACAAAUACAUGUAACUUUCGGUUUCUAUUGUUUGUGGAUCGAAGUUACAUACGCAUAAUGGAGGAUUUGUGAUGACCGGCUAUGGGUCGAAGUGAAAUAUUUUGGUGUUGUAAAUAGUUUAUUACUAUAGGAGCAUUAGAGAACUGAAAGAUAAAGGGAGAUUGAUUGAAGGGGGUGCAGAGAAUUCUUUAAUCUUUUUUCUUUUAAAAUCUGUGGUUGUAUAUAUGCAUUCAUUUGUAAAUUGUAAUUGUAGAUAAAAUGAUGUCUGCAUAUUUGAAGCUCCUUAGCUGUGCUCUUUCU